AUGACUCCCCGGGAGCACAUGAGGAAGAUGUCCCUGCUGGGGGAACAAGGAACGCUGGAGGAGAAGCACCUGUACCGAUUAGCGAGUGGAAUGGCAGCAGGAGAGCUGCGGCAGCGGCAGGAGAUGCUGAUGAGGAACCAGCUGAUGGCCGUGAAUCCCCAGCUGAUGGCGCCGGGCCAGCAGAGGGUGCAGGCGAUCCCUGCCCAGUUUGAGCCGCGCCUGGUGGACAGAGACCUGUUACCUUCCGCUGAAAUGAUGGCCUCGGCCGAUCCCAGGCAAAUCCACAUCUCCUCCCACCUGGGGCCUGCGGUGCCGCCCCACCCCAACGUGCCCAACAUCCUGGCCAACAGAGUUUACCCGGGCCCAGGAUACAGCUUUCUACAACCAGAAUCCAUGGAAGCUGUGGCCAGAAGACAGGAACUGGCUCAAAAACAAAAUAUUGCCAGAAUGGAGAUGGAGAUGAGCGCUAUUUUCCAGCAGAAGGAGAUGGAGAAAGCCCAUCGGAAAGGGCUGCUGGGGCUGGAGGCGCCUUUCCUGUACCACGGCGUGCCGGCCAGCCCCAUCGCCUUCCGGGGCAGGCACAGGCUGCCCGAGGGCCACCUCCCCAGCGACCUGUACGUGCAUCGCAGCAGCCUGGAGGACAUCCACGGCAACGCCGUGCUCAUGGCAACCAGCCCCUACCCGCCGGUGGCCACGCUGCAGAGGGAGAGGGGGCGCCGGCCGGGCAGGAGAGCUGGGAACCACAAAGCUGCGGAUGGCAGCGCCAACGGCACCAAGAGCCAGGCCGAGGACAAACCCACGGACUCCGCUGCGGCUGCGGCGGAUGAGGAGAAAGAAGACAAGAAGGAAAUAGAGGUGGAGGCACCGAACAAACACGAGCAAAGCAAAAGCCAGGCUGAGCCGUCGGCGGUCGCCAAAAACUGUAAAGAAUUUGAGCAGGGCUUGAGAAAGAACUGUGCUGCUCACGAAAUUUCCACUGAAAGCAACAGCUGCAGCAACACCAACGAGAAGGAAGCCAAUAGCUCCUGUGCUGCUUUUGAUGACAAGUACAUGUACCCUUCUGCAAUCCCAUUCUCAGCGUUACCAUAUGGAAUUCCAGUGCCCAACAACCCGUUGCUACCUUCAGGAGCACAUGGCCUGAUCCUGAACGGAGAAGACAUUUCCUCCAUCGAAGACAUUCGCAAGUGGACUGUUGAUGACGUGCACAACUUCAUCGUCAGCCUCCCAGGCUGCUCGGAUUAUGCCCAGAUAUUUAAAGACCAUGCUAUUGAUGGAGAAACCCUCCCACUGCUAACAGAGGAACAUCUCCUGGAUACAAUGGGAUUAAAACUCGGACCAGCACUAAAAAUCCGCUCUCAGGUGUCCCGGCGCCUGGGAAACGUGUUCUACAUGAUGAAUCUCCCUCUGCCGGUGCCCCUGCCCGCGCCUGCCGGGAAACCCUCGGAGCAGCCCUCGGACAUGGCCUCCCCCCUGCACUGCAACAGCAGCGGGGACACGCUGGACAGUCCCUGCUCUCAGGACCCAGAAACUUCCCAAGCAGUGGAACAGAUCGUUUCAGAAAGCAGGGAAAACCCCUGUGACACAGCUGGGUCUCAGGCUGACUUCCAGAUGAUGGCUUUCCAGAAAAGCUGA